AACUGGGUUUAGGACUUAGUUACAUUUAAUCAUGGACCCGAUCAACUUCUAGUAACUGAACCACCCUAAAAAGACUGAAAGGCUAAAGUUUAUGUGAUGCGCUGUAUAAAUUGACAUUAACUAAUUUUUAGAUGCAAGAGUCGUGGGAGCAAUUUACUUUCCCUAAGACGCAAGAAAAAGUUACUGGUUUAACCAAAGUCGAAAUUGUUUUACCUUUUUCUUCCCAAAACGAAUAUUUCUAAUCUUGUCAAAUUAGAAGAAAACAUUUUUCUACAAAAAUUCCUAGUCGACCUAGGCCCUAAUAACCACUCGUAAGAGUUGUAGCACUCGAAUCGUAGCUUCCACGACUUGUAGUAGUUGUGAGAGGACCCUGGGGGGAGGGUACUCAACAAAUUUUUAAACGAGGAGGCUCCACCCCUCACACCCCUUACCCUUCUUUAAUAUACCAUGAGAAAAGGUACCCCUUUCGUGUACCCUCUAUUGACAUUGUACCUUUUUUCACAUACCUAGCUUAGAAUUUGGCUUCCCUUAUAACUGCAGCCUGUAAUUUAGAAACACUCGUGAAGACAAAACCACAGCUGCAACACACCAGUGAGUGGUCAGCCGAUCUUUAGUAGACCUGGCUCAGUGGCAAUUCAAUGCCUAAUUUUAGAUUAAAACAGUAACCUGAUCCUUUCGGGGGGAAGCUAAGAGAGAGAGAGAGAAAAAUGUAAAGAAAAUGCUUCUUCGGUAACCAGAACGUUUUCAGGAACUGUUACCAGACCGUUUUCAUGAACUGUUCAAAGCCAUAAAAUAAAUAGGGUAGCCCAUCUGGGCCCUUUUACAGACCGAAAUGACAGAUUCCUUUACCCUUUCAUAUACCUGAAGCCUAAAAAAGGUACCUCUUUUGAGUACAACCUUCCCGUGUAGGCCAUUAUAGGGAAUACCCCCACCCCCCAACCCCGAGGGUAUUGGAGAACCUGUAUAAUUUCGUGCAAAAUCACUGGCUGUAUUCAGAUAUCGACUCAAGCUACAGAUUCUGGGCAUUUGUCAGUCACGGGACUGUAGGAAACUAUUGAUAUUAAAAUUUCCCUUUAUUUUUGUAUUUGUUUUGUUUCCCAAAGAGAGGCAUAUGGCGGAUCAAAGCACCAUUCUUGAGGAAUGCCAAACUCCGCUCUUUAUCGUACGACUUAACAAGUGAUGACAGCAGUUUCUAUAGAGGAGGAUUGUAUUCUCUUGAAGAAGAAAAAAAGGAGCAAAUCGAAUUGAAGGACGUAAGAAAGAACGAAGGAUAUUUAGCGAAAGAGAAGGAUCAGCUCGAAUCGACGGCUGUUGACUUUGCGGCAAGGAUUGCAUUUAUUAUUGCCUUCGGAUUGUUUAAUUUCUUUUAUUGGUUUAUUUUAAUUUAUGUCGCAUAA